AUGAGCUUUGAUCAUCAACUGCUAUCUGAAUCUCGUGAGUUCGAAUCUGCCGACACAACGAAAGCCAGUCUACCACAUACAAACAAUUUAAAGAAUGACCAGUCACAAGAUAUUCAUUCUUCUCAUUCAGAAGAGGAAACUAUAUUACAACAACCAAGUAAUGUUUUACAAUCGUCCAACAAUGGGUCUCACUUGAGUUUGGGGUCGCCUAUGCAUGAUCAUUUAUCACAAUUUGAAAAUCAAGAUAAAUUGAGUGAAAGUGAUAAAUUACCACAACCAGUACAGAACUCGAGUAGUAUUGCAAAUGAAUCUGGAUUGAAUACUUCAAGACAUGAAGGUUCUGCUCUGCUGACAGGUCAAGACCACGAGGGAAAUGAACACGUGGAAGCCACUAAAGUAUCACAGGGUAUGCCUCUCAGAGUUCCAGGGACAUUUGACGUCAGUGCCUUGACAGGAGAGAAUGAAAAGGAAGAAGAAUACUAUCAAUUACGUGAAACAAUCAAUAAAAGUGAAAGUAAAGACUCAAUUGGACCUGGAGGGAUUGAAGGUGUCAGUCAGAGGGACACAAGUUCCAACCUUGCGUUAAGUGAAUCUGCAGGUGUUAUUGCAGAGGAAGGUGAGAGUGAGCGCAAUACGUUGCAAACAAGUGACGCCGCCGCAGAACAAGCUGACCAAGACGACAGGGAAAUUUCGCCUGACGAUUCUGCAUUUCUGACUGCCUCUUAUUACAAGUCACACAAGGAGGAGGACGAACUAAGCGACGUAAAUGCGGAGUCCGAGCAUACCGAUAUGAACAGUCCUCAAGUCGACUCUCACCUGCAUACUUAUAAGCCCACAUUAGAUCCAGGCAAACCCACACAUUUUGCUCAACCUCCCGCAAUCGACAUCAACCAGUAUUUAAACCAAAGCGAUGAAGAUGACUCAUCAAGUAAUUUGGUGUACUCCCCAAACUUAAAGAACGAGUUAGAUAGAAUACCAACAAUCGAAAAUGAAAACAUUGAUGAUAUCCCUCCAGUGAACCCACUACGUUACCAGCACCAAUAUCACCAAACUCCAUCUAUGGAACCGGAGAAACUAGAGGAUCAGAGCAGAAAUGUUUCUUCGACUUCAACAGUUGUUAGAACACCAAAAGAGGAAACUUCAGCAAAGGCUGCAAGGACAAAUCAAUCCACAGUGCAUAACCAAACUGCCGCAAUUACGCCGGUGCCCCCUAGUACAACCAAAUUCCCAUCGUACCUGAAUUCAUCAACCACAUCAACGUUGGUGAACUCUUCAAAUGGUACUUUACCAUCACCUAAUCUAUCAAUUGGUCUCAAUAAUGCCAAACAGUCACCGAAAACUGAGAAGAAGAAAAACAAAAUGCGGGAAGUGUUUUCGUCGAUGUUUGGCAAAAGUAAAGCCUCAUCUGCGCCUGCUCCUCCGUCGCCAGAGCUCAAUAUGAAAAUCAGUACUCCUUUCAACGCAAAACAUGUUGCUCAUGUAGGCGUUGAUGAUGAUGGUUCGUAUACGGGUUUACCUGUUGAGUGGGAAAGGUUGUUAGCAGCUAGUGGUAUCACCAAAAAGGAGCAAGAGCAACACCCUCAGGCUAUGAUGGAUAUAGUGGCAUUUUACCAAGAUUCAAAUGAAAAUCCGGAUGACCAUGCUUUUCAAAAGUUUGGAGUCAACAAAAACAAAAGCGAUUCGAGUGGAUCUGAGAAUUUUGAAAAUACGCCUCCUGCAACGCCUAGUAGUGAAUCAAGGAGCCCACAACGAGUGUCAACAACGUCACUAGAUAAGGUUGUCGAAAGUCACCAAGAAACUCCAAAACAAGGAAGGGUCUCACCAUCACAAACUAGAGGGCAAUCACAAACACCUCAACAGGUCACACCAAAAGUGCACCAAGAGAAUCAAUUCAUUCCUAGCAGACCUGCUCCAAAGCCACCCUCGACGCCAGGAUCAUCCCAAAGUAUAAAUCGAACACCCACAUUGCAGAAGCAAGGAUUAGACUAUACUCCAAGACAAGCCCGCACAUCACCACCAAAUCAAACAAAGUCACCGGCUCAUUUGGAGAAAAAAACUCAAUCACAAAAAUCAGUCAAAUCAUUGAGAGCUCAAACUAAUGGUGGCAUUGACAAGUUCAACAACAUACCUGCACCCCCUCCUCCACCAGUACCAUCAAACAUUCCCAAAUCGAAAUCGCAUUCUGCUUCCUUAUCUAGUCGAAUUAAACCUGCCACUACGGGUUCCACUACAGCCCCUGUUGCACCAACUCCUCAAUUUGAUGAUUUAAACGUACCUAAACAAAGAAAGAAUGAGUUUAGCACACAUCGAGCACCACCACCGCCACCCGUACCAGUACAUCAAGCAAUUCCUCCUCGUAGCGACCCACAACAAGCCCUUGCUGAUGCAACAGCACCAACAACAUUGAAAGAGGGACAGCAAAGUAAAUUUCAAGAAGCGCAAAAGAGAUUGAGAGAGCAAAAGGCCAGAGAGAUUGAAGAGAUCCAGAAAAGGCAGCAGGCUAAAAAGUUGGAACAACAAAAGCAAGAGCAAUUGAAUCAACCUGCCGCACAACUGAAUAUAGACCCUAACGGUGCCGCACCUACAUUGAAAAAAUCAUCUGGUGGUACUGUGCGUGAUGCCAAACAAGCUGCUCUUAUAGCACAGAAGAAACGUGAAGAAAAGAAACGUAAAAAUCUUCAAAUUAUUUCCAAGCUACAAAGCAUAUGUACCCAGGGUGAUCCAAAGGAGUUAUACGUUGACUUGAUCAAAAUAGGACAAGGUGCCUCUGGUGGUGUUUAUAUUGCUCACGAUGUAUCAAAAGGCAACUGUACUGUUGCAAUCAAACAAAUGAACCUUGAACAACAGCCAAAGAAGGAGUUGAUUAUCAAUGAAAUUUUGGUUAUGAAAGGAAGCAAGCAUCCCAAUAUUGUCAAUUAUAUUGACUCUUACUUAGUCAAGGGCGAUUUAUGGGUCAUUAUGGAGUACAUGGAAGGUGGAUCGUUAACAGAAAUUGUUACUCACAGUGUCAUGACGGAAGGACAAAUUGGCGCUGUAUGUCGUGAAACUUUGAAGGGACUAAAGUUUUUGCAUUCAAAAGGUGUCAUUCACCGUGAUAUAAAGUCGGAUAAUAUAUUGCUAGAUAUCAAUGGUAAUAUCAAAAUGACUGAUUUUGGUUUCUGCGCUCAGAUAAAUGAAAUCAAUUUGAAACGAACAACUAUGGUGGGGACACCAUACUGGAUGGCACCUGAAGUUGUUUCAAGAAAAGAGUAUGGGCCAAAAGUUGAUAUUUGGUCGUUAGGUAUUAUGGUGAUUGAGAUGAUUGAAGGUGAACCACCAUAUUUGAACGAAACCCCACUUCGUGCAUUGUACCUCAUUGCAACUAAUGGAACUCCAUCUUUAAAAGAGCCAGAAGCAUUAAGUUAUGAUAUUCGUAGAUUUUUAUCAUGGUGCUUACAAGUUGAUUUCAAUAAGCGUGCCACUGCUGAUGAUUUGUUACAUGAUAAAUUUAUAUUAGAAAGUGAUGAUGUGGAAAGUUUGAGUCCGUUGGUGAAAAUUGCCAGAAUGAAAAAGGCUACUGAGCAGGAUUAG